UCCUGGGAACCCCCUCCCUUGAAUGCUCUUUGAAGUGUGAGAGGGAGGCAGCUGGGGAAACAGGACAAGAGACAGGCAGAGCCCGCACAUCUCUGCCCUCAUCUUCCUGCACGGUGCACCUGGCAGCUAGCUCUCACCCCUUUCUCUGAGAGGACAACCUGCUGACCCUGGGUGAGGAUGGAUGGCAGAUGGCAACAUUCACACUGGGCUUGGUCUUUGCUGGCCAUGGCAGUCGUGGCUGGGGGUACAGCAUCUACCGAGGCCUUGGACAACAGCCCCACAUCUAACAGCCUGGAGGGGGGUGCCGACGCCACUGCCUACUGGUGGGGGGAGUGGACCAAGUGGACAGCAUGCUCCCGAAGCUGUGGGGGUGGAGUGACAUCCCAGGAACGCCACUGUCUACAACAGAGGAGGAAGUCUGUUCCAGGAGCAGGGAAUAGGACCUGUGUGGGCACGUCCAAACGGUACCAGCUCUGCAGAGUGCAGGAGUGUCCACCGGAUGGGAGGAGCUUCCGUGAAGAGCAGUGUGUCUCUUUCAACUCCCGAGUGUAUGAUGGCCGGGCAUACCAAUGGAAGCCUCUCUACCCGGAUGACUACGUCCACAUCUCCAGUAAGCCAUGCGAUCUGCACUGCACCACUGUGGAUGGCCAGCGGCAGCUCAUGGUGCCCGCCCGCGAUGGCACUUCCUGCAAGCUCACCGACCUCCGAGGGGUUUGCGUGUCUGGAAAAUGUGAGCCCAUUGGCUGUGAUGGGGUGCUCUUCUCCACCCACACACUGGACAAGUGCGGUGUCUGCCAGGGGGACGGGAGCAGCUGCACCCAUGUGACAGGCAACUACCGAAAGGGCAACAAUCAUCUUGGUUAUUCUUUGGUGACCCAUAUCCCAGCCGGUGCCCGAGACAUCCAGAUUGUAGAGAGGAAGAAGUCAGCAGAUGUAUUGGCUCUUGCAGAUGAAGCUGGCUUCUACUUCUUCAAUGGCAAUUACAAGGUGGACAGCCCCAAGAACUUCAACAUUGCUGGUACAGUGGUCAAGUACCGCCGGCCCAUGGAUGUCUAUGAGACUGGCAUAGAGUACAUUGUGGCACAGGGACCCACCAACCAGGGCCUGAAUGUCAUG